AUGAAACUUGUAAUUUUGUAUCUCCUCCUCCAUCUUCUUCACAUAUACCAAGUCACAAGUGCAGAAUACUGCAACUUCUUCAAUGGAAGUUGGGUGUUUGAUUCAUCAUACCCACACUACAACUCAACUACAUGUCCCUUUAUAGAGCAUGUAUUCAACUGCCAAAGAAAUGGCCGACCGGAUGAGAUGUACCUCAAAUACCGGUGGCAACCGCAAGAGUGUCAAUUACAAAGAUUCUGUGGCUUGGACUUCUUGCUAAGAUUCAAAGGGAAGAGCAUCAUGUUUGUGGGUGAUUCUUUAUCACGGAAUCAAUACCAGUCGUUAUUAUGCUUGUUGUACACAUCAAUGCCCGGAAUCAAGUACAAAGAGAUGAGAUCAGGCGACAUCUCCGUAGUACAUUUCUUGGAUUAUGAAGUUCAAGUAAAGCUUGAUAGAAAUCUGUUUUUGGUGGAUGUGGCACGAGACAAGGACAAGAUUGGUAGGGUAUUAGUAUUAGACUCAGUUGCCGGGAAAGCCCGUCAUUGGCUGGUAAAUGACGUGCUCGUCUUCAACACAUUUGCUUGGUGGGGAAGAAGAGGAUCUAUGCAACCAUGGGAUUUCAUUAAACUCGGAGAUAAGAUAAUGAAAGACAUGGACCGGCUAGCUGCUUUGGAGACGGGACUCACGACAUGGGCUAGAUGGGUGGAUGCAGCUGUUAAUCCUAAUAAAACAAGGGUUUUCUUUCAAACCACCUCUCCAGCGCAUUACAAUGGCAGCGAAUGGGAUGAACCUCACACCAGAAACUGCGGUAGGGAGACGAAACCGGUCCUUGGUUCGAUAUACCAUGGAAAUUUGCCGUGGGGUUUAGGCAUACAGAAGAAAAUAUUAAGCAAGAUCAAGAACCCUGCCUUCAAAUUAUUUGAUAUAACACACCUCUCGCAAUUUCGCAAAGAUGCACAUCCAUCUGCUUAUGGCGAGUUUGGAAGAACUGGAAUGGACUGCUUGCAUUGGUGUGUAGCCGGAGUCACUGAUACCUGGAAUGAGAUUCUGUACAAUAUUUUUCUCUAGAAUGAUUCAUGUUAUAGCAAGAUAACUAAUUGCCUUUAAAUUUUG